UCAUAGUUAAAUGCUUCAUGCCAAUUGUUGUGAGGAUUUAAAUGGUUUAACAGUGCUUGGCACAUAAUACACAAGAGUCUGCUAAAUACUCCUCAGCGGAUAUUCUUGUUCAUUCUUAUAAAUGCAUGCAAUUUUACCUGUUGAAAUUCCCUUUAAAUGUCUGGUAAACAAAUCCUCCUUGAAACUGUCCACCCUGCCUCCUUUUAAGAAUGGUACUGUUGAGAGAGACACGAGUGGCCAGGCCCAGCCGCAGCCGCAGCAGCAGCCGCCGCGGCGGCACGGAGCAGCCAGACACAGAGAUGGGCUGUUUGCGGGGUGGGGUGGGGGGUUCGCUAUGUCGGAUGACGAUUUGAGGGCCAGCACCAGCUCCUCCUCAUCUUCGUUCUCCAACCAGCAAACCAAGAAAGAAACAAACACCCCCAAGAAGAAGGAGAGUAAAGUCAGCAUGAGCAAAAACUCCAAACUCCUCUCCACCAGCGCCAAGAGGAUUCAGAAGGAACUGGCAGAUAUCACUUUAGACCCUCCACCUAACUGCAGUGCUGGUCCCAAAGGUGAUAACAUCUAUGAAUGGAGGCCAACCAUUCUGGGGCCGCCAGGAUCCGUAUAUGAGGGUGGCGUAUUCUUCCUUGAUAUCACAUUUACACCAGAAUAUCCCUUCAAGCCUCCAAAGGUUACAUUUCGGACAAGAAUCUAUCACUGUAAUAUUAACAGUCAAGGAGUUAUUUGCUUGGACAUAUUGAAAGAUAAUUGGAGUCCAGCACUAACCAUUUCUAAAGUCCUCCUUUCUAUCUGCUCACUUCUUACAGACUGUAAUCCUGCCGACCCCUUGGUGGGAAGUAUUGCCACUCAGUAUAUGACCAACAGAGCAGAACAUGACAGAAUGGCCAGACAGUGGACCAAGAGAUACGCUACAUAAAUUGGGUUUUCACAAUUCUUACAUUAUUUGUCACAGAGAGAGCUGCUCAUGAUUUUGAAGGGGUGGGGGAGGGUGGGAGUUGGUAAAAAGUAGGGUAUUUCUAUAACAGAUAUUAUUCAGUCUUAUUUCCUAAGAUUUUGUUGUAACGUAAGGUAUCUUGCUACAGUAGACAGAAUUGGUAAUAGCAACAUUUUAAAUUGUCAUUAGUUCUGCAAUAUUAGCUGAAGUGUAGUACUGAGAAAAAUAGACAUUUGGGUUCAGUUGCUUGUAGUCUGUAAAUUUAAAACAGCUUAAUUUUGUACAGGUUACACACAUGGCCAUUUAUGUGAAGUCCUUCCAAGAUUACAUACUUUUAUGUUUAAAAAAUUGGAACUUGUUUUCCCUUCUUGGAAGGGAACAUUGAUAUUUAACAGUUUUUAGAGAUUGUCAUCUCAUAUAUAUAUAAUGGGCACGUGGCUAUAAGACACCAUAUAGGAAAUUAGUAGUUACGUAUUUUAUUUUAUAUGCCAAUCUACUUUAUUGUGAAAAGAUUAGAGGUUUGAAUCAGGACUCGUGAAAACCUGUAGUGAAAUACCUUAAGCAGUUAACUGUAAGGCGUGAGUAGGAGUUGCUCAGUGGAUUGGUUAUAUGUUGUGGACUGCUUAAGUCUGCAUUUGUUACUGUGCUAAUAAACAAUAUUAAA